AUGGAGUCAGACCUCUCACAAGCCUUCCAAAAAGAACUCACCUGCUUCAUGUGCCUGAGCUGCCUGACAGACCCAGUCACCAUAACCUGUGGCCACAGCUUCUGUCGAGCCUGCCUCCACCUUUCCUGGGAAGACACUCAGCUUCAUGUCCAAUGCCCUAUGUGUAGGGAACCAUCACAGAAGAAGGGCUGGAGAACCAACAUUGUUCUGAAGAAGCUGGUGUCCAUUGUCAGAAAAACCAGCCUCAUGAAGGACCUGAGCUCUGAGGAGCAUAAGUGUGUGACUCACAAGGAAGCAAAGAGGAUCUUCUGUGCUGAGAACAGGAUCUUCCUCUGUCAACUCUGUUCUAACUCUCAUGAGCACAGAGGACACAGACACUGUCCCAUUGAAGCAGCUGCUGAGGAUCAAAUGGAAAGAAUUCUGAAGCAAAUGACAUCUUUAUGGGAGAAGAUCCAAGAAAAUCAAGAGAAUAUAGAAGCAGAGAACAGAAUGACAACUCUGUGGAUGGACUACUUGACACUUCGGGAAGAAAUGAUCAGGACAGAGUAUAGGAAACUGCAUCCAUUCCUCUGUGAAGAGGAAGAGAAACACAUUGAGUCUAUGAGAAAUGAAGGCCAAUGUGUUUUAGAGAAACUCAGGACAAGUGAAGCCAUGAUGAUCCAAAAGAGCAAAGAACUAAGGGAAAUGUAUCAGGAGCUGAUGGCAAUGUCCCAGGAGCCAUAUGUGGUCCUGCUUCAGGGCUUGGAUGACAUAUUCAGAAGGAGUGAGUCAAUGCAGCUGAACAUGAUUCACACUAUGAAACCAAAACUCCAAGCCCUACCCAUUACUGGACUGACUGAAAGUUACAAGCACUUGCAAGAUAUAGCCCAGGUGGGAGACACAGAUGUUGAACAACAGCAGAACAUCGACAGUAAAGAGAGCUUACCUGGAGAGUAA